AGCACCUGGGAAACUCCAGCAUCCGGGCAGGCGGCGGCUCUGGAUCCACUGCCCACAUCCCGCUCUCCCAGGCAGACAUGAGGGCAGAGAGAAUGUCCCCCCUCCUGGCUCUGGGGCUCCUGGUGGCUGGACUCUGCUCCAGUGUCCACUGCCUCCCAGAGAACGUGACCCUGGAAGAACCGCACAAAGGGGAAUCUGUGGGUGACCACUCAUUAGCCUCCAGCAACACCGACUUCGCCUUCAGCCUCUACAAGCAGUUGGCUUUGGAGAACCCCAGUAAGAAUGUCAUCUUCUCCCCUCUGAGUGUCUCCAUAGCCUUGGCCUUCCUGUCCCUGGGGGCCCGUGGCUCCACCCUGACGGAGAUCCUGGAAGGUCUCAAGUUCAACCUCACAGAGAUCCAGGAGAAAGAGAUCCACCAGGGCUUCCAGCACCUCCUGCAGACGCUCAAUCGACCCAGCAACCAGCUGCAGCUGAGCGUGGGCAAUGCCAUGUUUGUGCAGGACCAGCUGAAGCUGCUGGACAAGUUCAUAGAAGACGCCCGGGUGCUGUACUCCUCCCAGGCCUUCCCUACCGAGUUCAACGAUUCCAACGCUGCCAUGAAGCUCAUCAACGACUAUGUGAAGAAUAAAACCCAGGGGAAAAUUGAGGACUUGUUCAAGGACCUUGACCCCUUCACGAAGAUCAUCCUGGUGAAUUAUAUCUACUUUAAAGCCCAGUGGAAGACCCGCUUUGACCCCAAACACACUCAGCAGGCAGAGUUCCACGUGAGCGAGAACAAGACGGUGGAGGUGCCCAUGAUGAGCAUUGGCCUGGAAACCCCUUACUUCCGGGACGAGGAGCUGGGCUGCACGCUGGUGGAGCUCACGUACACCAGCAAUGACAGCGCCCUCCUCAUCCUCCCCGACGAGGGCAAGAUGCAGGACCUGGAAGCCAAGCUGAACCCGGAGACCCUGACGAGGUGGCGAGGAUCCCUGCAGCCCAGUUUGAUAGAUACCCUCUACCUGCCCAAGUUUUCCAUCUCCAGUGACUAUAAUCUGCCACACAUCCUUCGUAAGCUGGGCAUCCAGAAAGUCUUCACCGCUGAGGCUGACCUGUCAGGAAUCACAGAUGUCAUGGACUUAGGAGUUUCCCAGGUGGUCCACAGCGCUGUGCUGGACGUGGAUGAGGAGGGCACGGAAGGAGCUGCUGCUACGGGAGUGGAACUUUCUCCCAGGUCCGCAUUAAUGACUAUUGUGCGCUUCAACAGGCCCUUCCUGAUUGCCGUAGUUCUCAAAGACACCCAGAGCAUCAUCUUUUUGGGGAAAGUCACCAACCCCAGUCAAGCCUAGAGCUCCGCUCUGAGCUCUGGGUCCCCUCCCUAAGGAGUGGGGUGCCCAGGUCCCUGGGGGCAGCCUGGGCCCUGGGCGCUGAGGAUCCACCCUUCCUGUCCCCACCUGCUCACCUGUGGGGAGGUGGCAGUGAGUCUUCUGGGGGCUCCACAUGCACAGGGCGUCUGUGUCCUGGUCACGAGGAGGCCCUGAGACUUUGACAGCAAUAAACCACCUUACUUGGA